CUGACAAACAUUUUUAACACAAAACACUUGCAAAAGCUGUUAUGAAUAUUCAAAAUUUGCUUAGUUUUAUACUCUUCUCAUUGAUCUUUACGUGCCAUGCAAAUCCUAUCCAAAAUCGCGUUAGGCGCCUAUCCCAUGGCCUUUUCAACGAAGAAGCUAUACGACUUGGAAAGUUCGCCGUUUCUAUAAGGACAAGAAAUGCUAAAAGGUAUUUCGGGGACAAUCACUAUUGCUCCGGCGUCAUCCUGGCGCCAAAGAUCGUAUUAACUUCCGUAUACUGCCUUAUGAACCAUCGUAGGGUUUUUUAUGACAGUCGUAUGUAUCUUAUCGUGGCUGGUACACCCAAUAGACUCAAAUAUGUUCCGGGCAGGACUUUUGUAAGCCUUGUUAAAAAAAUUUUGGUCCCCACUAGUUUCACAUUGUACAAUAAACAAGAUGUCGGAUUGUUAUAUAUCAAGAACCCAUUUCCGAGGGAUAAUCCCUUUAUCGGUAUAGCUAAAUUGCCACAUGCACCUCCUCCAAUGGGUCUAAAAUGUGAAGUCAUGGGAUGGGGUCGAAUGUUUUGGGGCGGUCCACUGGCAUCGUACUUGGUUUAUAUCGAUGUACAGCUGAUCCCAGCCGAAAGAUGUGCCAAACUCCUGAAUGUCCCCGUCAUUGGGGCCAUGGACGACCUAUUGUGCGCCAUGGACGAAGAAAAUACUACCAAACAACAGCCCUGCUACGGGGAUUGGGGGUCUCCGUUGAUGCACGGCGAUAUAGUCUAUGGAAUCGUCAGCAAUAUCGUUGGAUGUGGGUCCGCCAAUCUGCCAUCUGUUUACACUGAUGUCUAUAAAAUGGUGGAUUGGAUUGAAGACAAAAUCGAGACCUUUAGUGCCGGCGUUUUCUAUUUUAUUGAUUCUUUAGUGCUCUUAGCUGCAGCAUUUGCCCAUUUAGGAUCAUUUGUACUUUUUGAUUUUGUAUAAGAAAUUGGAAAAAGGAAAGCCAUGUAAAACUUUUUCUGUAAGAUUGUCUUCACAAGUAUUGUAUGUAAGCCUUUAUAGCUUUAAAAAUUUGUUGCACUACAAGAUCAGCAAAUUAUAAAUACUCAAUAAAAAACAGUUCAUUGUAAA